AUGGAGGAAAGGAAGAAGAUGCAGGGAGACGACGACGACGCCGACGACGACGACGACGACGACGACGACGACGACGACGACGACGACGACGACGACGACGACGGUGACAGCGACGACGACGGUGACAGCGACGUUGGCAAUGAGCGUGGUGGACUAAGAGUUUUAGGAAAAGGACAAGGAAAAUGGUAAGGAGGAGAACAAAAAUGGGCAGAACCAGGAAGAGGAAGACAAGGCAAGGCGAGGACGAGAACAAGGCAAGAAGGUAAAGACAUGGAGGACUAGGAAUAAGACAUGGACGACGAGGAAGUCGAGGGAACCUGGACGCGGCAAAUCAUUGUUAGGGGAAUGAAGGAAGGACAGCGGGGAUAAUGAGGACGCGGACGGAAUUAAUAAAAAGAAGAGGAGGAGGAGGAGGAGGAGGAGGGGGGGGAACAUGGCCAUGAUGCCGAAAAGGGAGAACAUGACAUGAAGGAUGGCGAAGGCUGUAAGGAAGAGCGAUUAUACCAUUGAGGCCAUAACCAAGCUACAUUUCAUAUGGCAUUUCCUGACCGUGUAAUGAACUUUCUCAUCUCAGUUGAUCUCUGGAUGUGCUUCUACACGAGAAGAAAGUGAUGGCCCAGCAAAUAGCACCGCCGAUGAUAUUCACGGUUUCGGCUAUCCGUUUUAAUUUUUAUAUCAAUUGGUAAGUCGUUCGAGCAGACAUUAUCUUAAAUAUGCGUUACGGUGAGUCCUUUUUGGGGAGUUGUCUGCGGUCGGAGGGAGAUCAGGCUUCAGAACUUUGCACUCCUUCCUAGGAUAUCCUCCAAGCUUAUCCGCGCUAGCAUUGCAAAUAUCGGUUGCCUUAAGUGGACGUAGAGUACAACCAGAGUACAACCAGUCAACCAGUGCCUGCGCAAACGAGACGAGCGACAAAAUCGCGCCGACCCCAAAUUCUGGCGAGCGAUCCCGUACAUCAAGUAGAGUACAACGUUGUAUAUGCGAUUCACUCUCGCCCUCUCUUUCCUCACCCCUAACUUGAUCCUUGACGCAACCACCAAGUCCUUGCAUCUAAAUUGUCUGCUUUUCCGUCCUACGAUUAGACUCUUCAUGCGUCCAUGGUUCAGCUGUGUCCACAGCUUCUUGCUUGUUUUAAAUGCAUCUAUCUGCUUGUAGUCUACAGUCCAGCGCCCUGCUUCGUCAAGAUGGUUCGCCUUCCCCAUGAGAGGUUCCAGACGUACCAACCAAACGACCUGAUGUAUUGGGACACACGAGAGUUCGACGGUGUCCACCAUGUGCCCCACAGCAGGGUGGGGCAGGGAUGGUGACACGCGCGGGGUUUAUAGUGCUAGUAGACUUGCGCCGCAUCUACCACACUCCCCCACCUGGGUCCAGCGUCAAAGCGGAGUCAAGAAGACCGGAGACGGGGGAGGACGCAGGUGGAUGGCAAGGUCGAGCCCGCGCCUUGACGUUCCACUCCACACCUCCUGGUCCACACAACAAAUAACCGCGUUUUUGACCAACAACAACAGAGAUCGGAUGGUGGCGCGGCCGAAUGCGCACCUAGGUGUGUCGCCAACGCCUAGCUCGGAUUCUACACAGUGCGAGUGCCAUAAAAGCCACAUCUAGAAGAGGCAUUGCAGCCUGAAUCUCAGACCACCAGUCGACCACUCCAUUUAAACCCAAAACACUGGGCAGACUACGCGGUCCAUGUUAUCUGGUCAGUUGGCAGCCUUCCAAGCCACAGCUUUUAAGGCACCUUGAUAGCUUCAAGCGCGUCAGAUUGUUUAUAGUGAGGAGAAAAUCCGCUGUGCCGUCGACCUGACUCUCCCCUUCCAUGCCCGCAGCCCAGCCACUGUCCGAGCCGGUCAGCUGACUGCAGCGGGGAAUGAGCGUGGUGGCUUACAGUAGUCUAGUGACCUAGUCUGCGCGCGCCAAAUGCACGACCUGGCCCCCCAAACACACACACAAACCAGGAUUUCACACAACGGGGGUUGGGCGGCGUAUCGCACAUGCGUGAGAGUGCCGUGUAAUGAGCUGUUUCAGCCCGGUCCCCAGCCCACCAGUCCGCCACUUCGCACAAACACACACACACACUCACACACGACAUUUCGACCGUCGGUUUCGACGAUGUCCACCGUGUGCCCCACCAUGUGCAGCAGCGGUGGGAGCAGGGACGGUGACUUGCGCAGGGGUUUAUAGUGCCAGUAGACUUGCGCUACAUCUACCUACACCCUCUCCUCCUCCCCCGCCUGAGCCCGGUGUUAAUACAGAGUCAAGAAGACCGGAGACGAGGGAGGCCGCAGGUAGAUGGCUCGGCCGGAUCCUCACCUUGGUGUUCCACCACACCCCCUGGUCCAAACAACAAAUGACCAGGAUUUCAACCAACACAAAAGAGGUUUGGAGGCCGGCACGGCCGAAGCCUCAUCUAGGCGUGCCGCCAACGCCUGGCUCGGAUCCCGCACUGUGGUGGGAGUGCCAUAAAGGCCACAUUAAAAGGAGCCAUUGCAGCCUGACUCUCAGACCGCCACCAGUCAAGGCGGAGGUCCAAGUUACCCCGUCAGUUGACAACCUUCCAAGCCACGGAUUCUAGCGCAUCAUGGUAGCUGCAAGCGCGUCAGAUUGUUUAUGGUGAGGGAAUGCACUGACUAGUCCACCUCACCCUCUAUUCCCGUCCCCAGGCCCCGGCCACUGUCGGAGUCGGUCAUUUGUAUGGUGCUGAGAAUGAGCCCAGUGGCCGACAUCGUCUGCGCGUGCUAUUUACAUGACCUGCCCCCCCCCCCCAAACACCCAAUGAGAGUUAGGCUGCAUGCAUCUCACAUGGGUGAGACUGCCUGAGGUCCUGCUAGGAAUGAGCCAUUGCAGCCUGACUCUCAGUCCAUGAGUCCGCCACUAAGGUUGACUGAGUGGACCAAUUUGAAGCGCCAUUUGACAACCUUCUAAACUACGGUACUUAGCGCGCCGUGAUCAUCUCAGGCUUGGAUCCCGCAUGCAGCAGUCACGACUGUCUCUGAUGAUGGGUUUCAGUGAGGGUCCGAAACGUCCGGCCAAUAAACUUUUUGGCCUAUGCUACGCCACGCCUUAGCUAACCAUUGCCCUCACAGCCUGGUUUGUGCUAGCAUCUCCCAUACACCUGGUUCCCUGCCGGUAGAUGCGCUUGCGCUCCCAGUGGGUACACAGGUGUUGAGCAUGGCUGUCCAGUCAUCACCCUCGUCUUUCUGACCCCUGUUGGGAUGUUGUUUUUGGUGAAACAUCCUGAUCGAGUGUAUGUUGUGGACCAGGGGGUGCGAAGUGGUACGCCUAGGUGGGGGUCCAGCCGUGACAGCCAACUGCGCCCUCUUCCGCCUUCGCUCUUCUUGACUGUGUCUUGACAGCAGACCCAGCUGGAGAUGAGGCGAGAGUGGGAUAGGCGCUGUGCAGGUCAAUUGACUAAUUCACCUGCAAAAGGAGGAGAGUCAUUUAAUGUGAUUGUGAUAUAUUGUCAGCUUACUAAUUUGUAUUUGAGAAGGUACGAAAGUUUCCCUGACAUUCGGAGAGGGAUUGUAGAAAAUUAUUCAAAACCACAACGUAUCUCGGUGACCAAGAAGCCCGACGAGUCGUGUAACAAAUAAAUUGAAAGAACGAUAAUACGGCCUGCUACUGAUGCGCCGUGCUCAAUCCGCUUCUGAUCCUUCGCUACUUGUGCCUCCGAGACCCCCACGUUGGUAGAAAAUUAUAGGGUAAAUAAUUAACACACCUACUCAGACACGGACUAAUUACGUGGACGCUGUCUACUGCCUUCCAUAUCGAGGCAAGGCUACCUAAGUUUUACGUACCAAGUAGGCGAACAUUUGCCGAAUAUGUUAAACUCGCAUGUUUUCCGACACAGUCUUGCGCUACUUAGGCUGUUAAAAGUAGACAUAACAUUCCUCUAUGCUCAUUGACAUAACGGGUGUUAUAACCCCUUGGCUACAAAAAUCACAAAACUUCUCGCUUGAACAGUGCUCGCCUCAACACGGGAUAUGAGUGAUCGUAUGAAAGAAACCACGCAUCACUGAUCAGUCCUCAGGUUUACCUAGACGUGAUAAUACUCGUCAGUCCUUUUGAGGAUCAGUGAGUCAGGAAUAAAUUACUAAACUUAGAAACCUUCGAACUCGAUUGAUUUGAGGGCACGAUAACUCCGUAAAACUUAUUUAAAACUGGAGCGCCUUAGGCACCGGUUCAAACAAAAGUGCAACCGAAAGCCUAGACACGCAUUUCACUGACUGACUGGCCGACCUGUGGUCUGCGACCUCGCAAUUCUUAUCUGCGGCAUAUUUUACCAACUUCGCCAUUUUAGCUGCUUCUAAAGUGCUGUGGCUAAAAUUUAGCGUUGCAGAAUUAUCGGAUAACCCAGUACGAACUCCAAGUAGGUAAAGAAGUCGCUGAGUCUUCCAGUCUCUAAAGAGACACGAACAGGGUGCUUACAAAUUUUAAAAAUUGUCGGUUUUGAGAUCCUAACUGAAAACCCUUCAUUCUGAAAGAUUAUGUUUCCAGCUGUCUGUCACCAAGUCAAGUUGAGCACGUGCCAAAUGGUUGGGCUUUUGACGGUGUCGCUGUCAUUGCCCAAGACUGGCAGGAAAUAAUGGACAAAAAUGAACUGUCAUUCUCUUCAAUGCAUUAAUUUGUUCGAAUUUUCCUGGUGGAUUUCUGAGAAACUGUCACUUGUCUCGUGAAGUUUUAUUUUUGAUGGCCCCUCUGUGACCUCAGUGGCUGACGCGAGAACUUAAAAAGGAGAUCAACAAAAAGGAAGUUUGUGGAAGGAGUUUCGCGAAAACAACAACAAUGCAGCGUUUACAAAAUAUAAAGUUCAAAGAAAUAAGGUUGAAAGCCUGAUUUUCAGGAGCCGACGGGAUUUCGAGAGUAGUUUGUUCCGCAAAGCCGUUAAAAAUCCGAAAUUGCUCUACAGCUAUUAGCGGAAGAGCACCCGUAACAGGAAUCCCAUCCCUGUCGUGAGGAAUGAUGACGGUUUGGAGAUAUCGGACAGUACAAAUAAAUCUGAGCAUUUUUCUCAGCUUUCCAAUCCGUUUUCACAAGAGAAGCAGACGUUAUGCCAUCUAGUUCUGGGAACAUGGGAGAUCCCAGUAUUAAAAAUAUUGUGUUUCGAGAAGAAGCGAUUUUGGAAGAGUUGCGAAAAUUCCCAUAGCAGUAAUCAGAUUUUGGAAGAACUAAAAAGCUCGAAGGAAUGUAAAUCUCUCUGUCCGAGCGAGAUCCCAGCAAAGUUGCUCUUUGAGCUUGUCCGACAGCGGGCCAAACCACUAUCCUUUGUGCGCCAGAAAUCGUUUGAUGCUGGAAUCCUUCCCACAGACUGGAAAAUUACCCACAUUACACCCCUUUACAAAAGCGGUAGUCGUGCUCUUGCAACGAACUACAUACCCGUCAGCCGGACAUCAAUCUGCUGCAAGCUGAUGGAGAAAAUCAUCAAAAAGGAGUUGAUGACUUAUCUGGAAAGUCACAAUCUCUUGUCCAAUGCACAACAUGCUUUCCGUAGGGGAAGAUCAUGUGUCACGAAGUUGCUAUAUACAAUGCAAAGUUGGACAAAAGCACUGGACGCAAAACACACUGUGCAUGCGGCCUAUAUUGAUUUCCAGAAGGCCCUCGACAGUGUUCCGCGCCAGCGUCUCCUGUACAAGUUGUGAAUAAUGGGCAUCGGCGGCAAACUUCUAAAAUGGAUCGACAAUUUCCUCGUCGGCCGUUCCCAAGUUGUCUGCGUAGAACAACAGCAAUCAAGGCGCACAUUCAUAGACAGUGGAGUUCGACACGGCUCGGUGCUCGGACCAACCAUCUUUCUCUUGCUCAUCAAUGAUUGUAUAGAUGGGUUGGACUGUGAUAGUGCCAUGUUUGCAGAUGACAUAAAAAUCUUGAAAGUCGUCCAGAAUGCUGUCGAUGAGACCAACUUCCAAGAAAAUCUUUGUCGAUUAGACGAGUGGUCCCUCAGAUGGCUCAUAUCCUUCAAUUUGAAUAAAUGUACCCUAGUGCGCCUCGGAAAUCAGACUCCUAGUACGCGGCAAUACCAUCUGAAUGGAAUACCACUUCGAGAUUCAGAAACGCAGAAGGAUUUCAGAGUCUGGGUUACAGACAGCCCAAAGCCUUCUACACAAUUUUGUAAUGCAGCUAUACGCUAUCAAGCUGGCGUUCGCAGUUUUCGAUGAGGACUGCUUCUCCAAAGUCUUCGGCACGCUUGUGAGGCCGCAUCUCAAAUACGCAAUUCAGGCCUGGAGACCAUGGACGCAGCAGGUUACAAUCUGCUCGAAAGUGUGCAGAGACAGGCGACAAAAUUAAUAAGAGGUCAAGGUGCACUGCCAUACGAGAUCCGCCUAACUAACCUUAAUCUCUAUCCUCUGAGUUUUAGGCAGUUGCGCGGAGACUUGAUACAAACUUUCCGUACCGUACGUGGCUUGGACUGCACCCUCCGGUGCGACGACUUUUUCCAACUCGCCACUACAACUAACCUCCGGGGACAUCCCUUCAAACUACGUAUACCCCAGGGUAGAUUGAAUGUGAGAAAGUAUUUCUUCUCCAACCGUUUCGCGGAACCGUGGAAUAAUCUGCUCGAGCUGAUUGUUAUGUCUCAAUCUGUGGACACAUUUAAAUGUCGGCUUGAUAGACAUAUGCUGCAGCAAUAAGCGGACUAUGUGACUUUUUAGUCAUGAGACCAGUGACCUAUGUGAAUCAAUGUCUGCAUUCACUUAAAUGCUGUAGUUUCUUUACAUUUUUACUUAUUUUAUCGAUUUUUUAUGUACAAGUAGGGAGUUCAAGGGUGUAAGUCUAUUUCCCUCAAACACACAGACUGACUGAUAUCUAAAGCAUAAACACUGUGUUAAGUGCAUUUUAGAGGGGAUGGUAUACAACUGUCCUGCUAGGGAGGACAGGAGGACGUGGGUACUGACUACUUUGUUCGAUUAUUUUGAAACAUUUUGAUGUGAAAUUUAUGCAUUUCGCACUAACGGCUCAGAGCACUGAGGGAAGAGGAGUCGAGGUGCUCAGCUCGGGUCUCUCCUGACGGCAGUAUCGGAAUUCGAACAUUGUUCCGCUGGCGCAACCAUCGUCUCUCGAAACGUUUGUCGGUUUUUGCCCUCGGAGGGGAGUUGCGUCACUGGGACUUACAGUAGUUGGGCUAACCCAUGAAAUGUAAACCGAAAUUCCGAAAUGCGUUUUCGUUUCGAAAAGACUCAUUAAAUAGGGCUGUAAAACCAAGCAUCCUGCAGCAUAAUUCCAUAAAAAUUCAAUUACCUCAGGGUACCGGCCUCCGAACUAAUUUCUUUUCGGCUGCAUGCAAAAACUCUACCCCGUAAAAAUGACCACUUAUGUAGCAUGAAAUUUUCUCAUUGAUUUUCGAUGCCCCUAAAGGCCGAGUUAUAUUUCAUGGAAAGCAUUCAUAAAAAUGUUCAUUAUUUUGCUCAUUCGGUAGAUAGUUACGUCUUCCUCUAAUUUUAUACUCGAAAGAGUGAUAUAAUCCGGUUUUCAAAAACUUUUCCAAUUCCCGAAUAAUUUUGAACGUACUCUUCCGUCACCCUUGGAUUCAAGAUUUCCGAACUACCAGUCGUACAUUUUCCGCGUACGGAAAAGCACACAUUUCUCUACGAUAAUAAAGAGGGACCAUCUACAGUUCACAACAUUAAGCAGUGGAUUUGAUCCAAUUUGUUAAAUAUACAAGCCACAUUGGUAAACGCAGAGAUGUGACUAUUUAACAACGGCCAUUUCACGACAUUUAAAAGUCCCACAAUUAGAAACUUUUUUGAAACCGAAUGAUGUCACUCCUUCGAGUCCAAAACUAGAAAAAGACGUAAGUUUCUACCGAACUUACAAAAAAACGAAUAUUUUUAUGCAUGCUUUGCAUGAAAUAUAACUAGACUUUUAAGGGCAUCGAAAAUCAAUGAGACAAAUUCAUGCUAAUUAAGUGGUCAUUUUUACAGAGUAUGGUUUCUGCAUGCAGCCGGAAGGAAGUUCACUCGAAAGCCGACAUCCCCCGGGUAACUGAAAUAUUAUAUAAUUAUGUUGCAGUCUGACGAGUUUUACAACCCUACUUAAUUAAUAUUUUCGAAACCAAAACUCAUUUCGGAAUUUCGAUUGACAUUUCAUGAGUUAGCCCACCUACUAUAUUUGACAACAGAGAACACAGUAUAAAGGGGAUGGCCGAAGGGCUUUUCGAUGCAUGCAACAAAGCCCUGAUAAAUCGGAUUUAAAGCGGGAAUUGGCGACAUCAAAGAAUGCGAUUGGAUCACAGGUGUACCUCCAGGUGCCUGUUUAUAGUCCAUCCAAUGAGAUUACACAUCGAUGGCGAGUGACAAACACAUUACCUCCGUAUUUAUGCUAUUGUGCGUCCUCUCCUGGAAGCGUUAAGAAUCCACGCGUAUACAAUCUGUAGUCAUUCAUGCGUAGGUCUGUGUAGUUACAAACCAGCGCCAGCUGCCAUUCAGAAAAUUUCAUGCAGAACAGGAAGAAUUUCUGUCGAGUGGGCUAGACCUAGCAACCAACAGACCGCUAUCUACUUUUCUUAGCACACCGGGAACAGAGAUUGGCCGUAUUAAAGUGGCACUUUAGUGCAUUCAACUAUCCCCUUGCCAUGACGAAUUUUGCAUGACAAUCAUUGCCCCGGUCAGGGCUUUCGGAUUCGUCCGUAGCCGCAUCCUAUAAAGCGGCUACGGCUACAAGCACGAUCAAUCUAGUAAACUUAGGCCGGUACCAUCCUGGCUUUGCCAUCUAACACGAAUUUUCUAUGCAAAAUUUAACGCUAUAUACAGUAGGUGGGUUAAUUCAUGAAAUGUUAACCGAAAUUCCGAAAUACUUCUUCGUUUUGAAAAUAUUAACUAAAUAGGGAUGUUAAACUAAGCAUCGUGUAGGAAAAUUCCAUAAUAAUUCAGUUGCCUCUGGGUACCAGCCGUCGAACUAACUUCUUUUCGACUGCACGCAAAAACUAUUCGCCGUAAACAAAUGACCACUUAAGUAAUAUGAAAUUUUGUCGGUAAUUUUAGCUGCCCUUAAAAAUUCAAUAACAUUUCACGGAAGACAUGCAUAAAAAUAUUUCUUUUUUACUCAUUCUGAAUAAAAUGACGUCUUCUUCCGAUUUUAUGCUCGAAGGAAGGACAUAAUUCGGUUUUAGAAAAAACUUUCCUAACCCCCGAAUAAUUUUGAACCCUGACAUGCCGUUACACUCGCAUUCAGGGUUCCCAAAUCACAAGCCGUAUAUUUUCGGCGUAGGUAAAACCACAUGAUUUUCUACGUUAUUAUGAGGACAGUAUAUGGGGUUCAUAAAAUUUAGCAUUUUACCGAAAACAUGCAUAAUAAUAUGCAUUCUUUCGCUCAUUCAGUAGCAAAUUACCCCUUCUUCCAAUCUUAUAUUCGAAGGAAGGGUAUUAUUCGGUUUUCAAAAACUUUUCUAAUUCCCGAAUAAUUUUGAACCCGAACUGCCGUGACACCUGCAUUCAGGGUUUCCAUUUAGGAUAUUUAAUCUCAACCUUUGUAAAACCCUUACUGUCUAAAAUUGUUGAGCAAAUAGUGACAGCAUCCAAGUCGCACUUAUUUUACUUUGAACCUUCAUUGAUCCUGCUGGCCUUUCCCAAAAUUGGCGAACUCUUCGUGAAUUGCAUUGACUUUUGUAGUAAAUUCUUUUAGGUUUCAUUCUGAGAACGCUUAAAGUCCCCCAAUUCUAAGUCAAAAAUUGUUAAAGAACAAAAGCAAUAAGGAUGUACAGCUGGCGAAAUCAACUGUCUCAUGACGUUGCUUGUUAGAACAACAUUCUCAGCAGUCAAAUUGACGCCUGGGAUGUCUCUCCGCGGGCCAGCUGAAAUAGGAGAGUUGAUUACAAUAUCCUCAGACUUGUCUGGUUCAACAGGCCUACAGACAAGAUGGGAGCCGGUUAAUACGACAGAUAUGUGCUUUGAUGGGAAGAUUCCCUAGUCUAGCCAAACUGUCUCAGUCCUCGCACCGACAAGCAGGUCGAAAGGACGCCGUCGACUGAGGGCGUCUGGUAUCGGGGAUAAAAUGCAGUUUAGUACCUGUGUCAGCACCUGAAGGGUGGAUCUGCAUAUCACGAGGAGGACUUCUGAGAAAUGAACCGAGAUCUCUCUCUUAGGUCCGUCGAUUGUUUUCUGCUCCCAAUCAUGGAGACUGUCGCAUGUCAGUUAAGACAGGGCAGUCAAUGGAACCUCUUUGAUCCAUAUUUGCUCGGCAAUAUUCAAGAACGAACUCACCAACUCAUUGUUAUGAGCAGUAACUGCUCAGAGUUGUUCAUCUGAAUUUUUUUAUUUUAAUCUCUAUAGCUAAUUGUUCGAUGGUCAACAUUCGCGUCGUUAAUUGUUGCAAUUUCAUCACGUGCGUUGGAUAUUGGUGUGAUGAUCGCUCGACCAUCUGACCCACCGACCCGGGAGUUGGGAGAAGUGUUCACUUGUGCGUUCUCCGCGUGGCUAAUUACUCCGCCUAGACAAAUUCCCAGCACUGAGUAUGGAAGGGGAAGGUCAUUGCACUUAUUACUGGACUUGGGGCCAGCAAACCAUGACUCAAACAGCUCCCGACUUACGCGGUUGUCACCUCUUGCGAGAAGUUCGACCUCAUCGAAUUUGAAUGUGUGGCCGGGCCUCGUCGAAUGAGCCGCAACUCGAGAGCUGGCGUCAUUUCUCAGCACCACUGCAGCAUGUUCGGCCAUUCUCGUUCGGAGCUGUCUUCCGGAUUCUCCGACGUAGUUACUUUGUCCGCAACUGGACCAGAUCCGAUAAACGACUCCAGACGUUUCUAGCCGUGGCAGUGGGUCUUUCGGUUUCAUUACUUGACGCCUGACGGUUGCCUGUGGUCUAUGUGCACCUCCAACCGCAAGUGGUGCGAGAAGGCGGUCGACAGCUUCCAAACGCUCUUGACAUACGGAAGCGCCCGAAAAAAAUUGGUGCCCGUGCGGUUAGGCUUUUCGUCCCUUUUGCGUAUGCACCGGUUGACAAAGUUGCGCGGGUAGCCAUUGGCUUUGAAGUCCCGUCGGAGUUAUUGUAGUUCGGCAAUCUUGUCUUCCGGCUCACGGCAGUGCGUUUCGACACACCGAUAGAGCGUCCUUACACAACUGCGUUUGUGGCUGAUUGGGUGGCUGUUGUUGAAGUUCAGUACUUGCAUCGUACUUGUCUUAUUAAUCGGUAGAGUUAUUUCAAGUCAGGCGCAGCUCUGAAAUCAGCAAGAAGAAAGACAAAUCGUUGCGUCGCUAAGUUCGCCAAAGAUUUUGCCUAGCGUGGGCAAGAUAAAGUGCGCCAUCUCGUCAGAAAUUAACUGAUGGACUUAAAAUGUUGAGAAUCUAAUUAAUAGCCCGAGCCAAAAGAUAUUUCAGUGGCACUCUCACAGUAACCGCAAAAGGGCCGCGCCUUACUCAAAAUCCUCCAGCUGGCCGCCAAUGGCAUGCAGGUGCUCCGCAGUGGCGUAUAUUUGAAAAACCAUGUUACCGAUCUCCGGAAUUGGACCCGUACCGGAAAUUUAAAAAGGCAUUUUCAAAGUGCAUUUGCAUAUCUCUGACUGGUCAUUGGCUGGUUUUAACUACUACGCGGUUAAUGCAGUUCAAAUAUUCAAAUCGAGUUUGGGACCAAAUUUAAACGAUUGUAAUCAAAAAAGAUAAUUUCAAGAUCAGCAUCAAAAAUGCAAUUAGAGACAGAUGGUCAGAUUUAGUAUGGGGAACUCUGGGUUGAUUCAAUGAUGAUGUAUAUUAAGAAUCAUGUGACAACAUAAAUUCUGCAAAAUAUGUGUCUACUGACAACAUCUAAUGCCCAGUCUGUUAAGUCUUGGGUUGACUUGAAAUGACCUACUGUUUACAAGAGAUGAGAUCCGAGUUUCUGAUAGUGCGGACUGUUUUCUCUCAUAAAUAUUUACCAGUGUGGAGGGAAUGGCCACAGAAAUGCCGGCAGACUGAUGCAGAACUGAUUAUCUCUGGCUACCAUCUGCGACCAAUUUACAUUACUAAUGCCGGAACUCUUCAGCAACUUCGCAUCAAAAUUCAAUUUUUCGCAAUUCGGAUAAACAAAUGGAGCGAAAAGAACCACCACCGUUCUUUUUAACAGAAAGAUGAAAGGAAAGUCUGCAUCCCGGCUGUUUAUAGUCCUUGCUUAGAAAAAUAGCCAGUAAACUAGUAUAGCUUGAUAAAUAUCUAAUUUUCGUUGCCGUUGAAUUUCGCAAGUACAUUUACUUUGUCGUAGCCUUCAAGCCCAAGUGGUAUCCCUUUUCAGUCAGUCAUACCUGGUGGAAAACUUGCACCUAGGAUGGACUUGCUUCCCUGUGACUUGAUUCACGGGCACUCAUAGCUCAAAUAUCUGUAUGUUUUGGCAAUCACGAGCCUAAUGAAUGGGGAACAGUUCACAGAUACCAGCCUAUAGCUUACAGUUAAUUUAGCUCAACCUCUGACCGUUUAACAGAGUACGUAGUAUACCUCGUAAAGAUCCCAUUUCGCGUGUCUGCAAUUCCCUCAUGCCUGUCUCGGAAACUCCAAGGACCGUCUGCGACUGUCUCUGACGAUAGAUUCGAGUGAGAAUCCGAAACGUCAGGCCAGCAUAGUGCUUGUUCCAACGAUUGCAUCUUACUCUGCAGAAUCGUAGCAGUCGCCCGACUCACUCAACUCCCAAUCGGCAAGAUGCCUUUUCUGACUUAUAUGCAUUUUUUCAAAUGACAUUGACCUUAAAUACCCGCACCGACAUUUAAAUGAGACCUGAACUGAAAGUGGAUUGGGACUGGUCAGCAAGACUUCUUGUUUGAAGGCCUCCCUAGAGAAUGUUUAGCGAGUUCUGGGGGUGGUAUUCAAAAUAGAAUCGGUUCGUUCUCUUGUUCGCGGAAAGACAACCCUACCUAUGAGGCACCAAAAUUAAGUGUGCCAUCUAGUCCUUAUUAUGAAUCAAAUGGUCUGACCUAGAGGCUGAUUAGUCAUCCCGCGCAUAAGUGGUUUCUUUGGUGCAGCUUUAAAAUUGUUCCUGGUUCUAGGUAGUAUGACUACGCAGAGGAAAACACGCCUGCGUUGCAAUCCAGAAAGGCCGCCCAUUGUGAUAUUCUAUUCAGUACCUUGUCUCAUGCAACUGUUUAGAAAUGACAUUAUCUACUCCCUGGUGUCUGCAUCGCUGGCUUGUCGUAUUCUUUCAGUCCUAAGAGGGAAUUUUAGCUUUGCCCACCUAAACUUUUCAGAUAGCAAGGUUGAGCAGUCAGCAUCGCCCUGCAAGAUACAAAUACUCACGAAGUCUACCAAUUUGUAGAAAGCAAGAGUGGUGAUGAUGACUGUGGGGGGAGGGGGAGGAGGAGGAGGAGGAGGAGGAGGAGGAGGAUCAGACGUCUUUGUAAGGCAUUACCCUUAGUAGGAGUGCCAGCAGUAUUGAUUAAACACUAAUAACAGUAAUAAUGACGACAGUUGUAAUGGUAAUAGCAAUAAUGAUGGGAGAAGUAGUAGCAUUAGUAGUGGUGGUGGUGGCGGCGGUGGUGGUGGCGGCAUCGGUAGUAAUAGCAUUAGUAGUAGUAGUAGUAGUAGUAGUAGUAGUAGUAGUAGUAGUAAUGGUAAUAGGCCCAAUAAUGACAGCGAUGAUGAUGAUGAUGAUGGUGGUGGUGGUGGUGGUGAUGAUGAUGAUGAUGAUGAUGAUGAUGAUGAUGAUGAUGAUGAUGAUGAUGAUGAUGAUGAUGAUGAUGAUGAUGAUGAUGAUGAUGAUGAUGAUGAUGAUGAUGAUGAUGAUGAUGAUGAUGAUGGUGAUGGUGAUGAUGGUGAUGACGAAGACGACGACGAUGACGACGACGACGACGAGACAGAGGAGGAUCAGGCAUCUGUGAAGAAGAUGGCGUCACUGACGAGGAAAAUGAUGGAGACACCUUAUACUGCAUGCAAAUAA